AUUGAUGUAACUAAGUUACACGCUCAGUCGUGACCAAGGAGUCAAGCGGUGGAUUGUAGCUAGCGACAUUUCCGUUCUCUCGGAACCAACUAAUAUGUACACACAUCUAGCAGUGCUUUCAAUAAACCUGAUCACCUGCUCGUGUUACGUGAACUACGACCUUUUUCGAGGAUUCGAGGCUACCCCAACUCCUGGGAACCACCGCAGCACUCUGGUGCCUGUCUUUGAAUCUGGACAACGUAUGGAUAAUACGGAAGAGACGGCUGCCACUAGCGCCAUUACAAAGAACCAUUUAAAUUUUACGAGCGCUGGUGAUGAGUUCCUGAUCACACCAGCAGUGAGAAGAAGGAGGCCAAAAAUAAAAGUCAAAGAGUUCCAACUAAAAUGUCCAGAAGAUGAGCGACCUAUGGCCAUCGGGUCGUACGAGAUACCAACGCAGCGAGACUUGGUAUUGUUCACCAAGAGAACUCUGAUGAAGAUGUUCAACAGCUAUCAUAAGAAGACACUGUACUUGCUUAAGGAUAUCAAAGAGGCUACCAAAGCUACUGUGGAGGUGGAAAAAAAAUGUCACGGUAGGGGCAAGAUAAUGUACAAGAAAUGUGUGAAGCAAAUCAGCAAAAAAUGUGAAGUUAUCACCAAGGAUUUGGUUCAAACGCUUGAACACCAAGAAGCUGAAGUUGCCGCUUUAACUGAGGAUAAAAUUUGCACCAUGGCAUCCAUGAGAACAGACCCCAUCCAACUUAUUAAAGUUCUAGCCAAGGACGAAGCAACGUUAGACUUCGCAUUACCAGCCUUUUUGCGACUUUUGGGUGGAUGUACCGCGUAUUGCACUAAUUCAAUGCCUCCCGACAACCGCCCAAGGCUACGUCAACUGACCGAUCAAGAACUAGUCGUAAGACAUUUUCUAACCAGAAAAACCUACAUGCAACUUAUUAAGGACACGGAUAAGUAUGUGUAAGGAUAAAAGAAUGCAG